UCUUCAUUCUCAGAAGCUGAAAUUUUGGAAGGUUCUGGAAGGAAUGCGAGAAUGUCUUCUACAACUUACAGAAACGGUACAGUUCCUAAAGGAGCUAUGAAGGUAGAUAGACCUCUUUCUAUGAAUUCAAGCACCAAGUCUUCUUCUUCUUUCAAAUCCAAAACUUCUGGUCCUCGACGUAAAAGCACUGGUUCCGUUGUCAAUUCUGCUAAUUCCGCUAAGGAUGAUACAUCUGUUUCAGGACGUGUUAGAGUUGCAGUAAGACUUCGGCCUCGAAAUGCGGAGGAGAUGGUGGCUGAUGCUGAUUUUGCUGAUUGUGUGGAGUUGCAGCCUGAGCUUAAAAGGCUUAAACUUCGAAGGAACAACUGGGAUUCAGACACCUAUGAAUUCGCUGAAGUGCUAACGGAAUUUGCUUCACAAAAGCGUGUUUAUGAAGUAGUGGCCAAGCCUGUCGUUGAGAGUGUUCUGGAUGGUUAUAAUGGAACAGUCAUGGCAUACGGGCAGACUGGCACAGGAAAAACUUACACUCUUGGACGACUUGGAGAAGAGGACACUGCUGAUCGAGGGAUAAUGGUUCGUGCAAUGGAGGAUAUUCUUGCCGAAAUAACACCGGAGAAAGAUUCUGUCUCUGUCUCUUAUUUUCAGCUUUAUAUGGAGAGUAUUCAGGAUCUCCUAGACCCAGUGAACGACAACAUAGCAAUCGUUGAAGAUCCCAAAACGGGAGAUGUUUCGUUACCUGGGGCUACUACAGUGGAUAUCAGAGAUCAGAAGAGUUUCCUUGAACUCCUUCGCGUGGGUGAAGCUCAUCGUUUUGCUGCUAACACUAAAUUAAACACAGAAUCUUCACGCAGCCAUGCUAUGCUGAUGGUACAUGUCGAAAGGUCUGUCAAGGGAAGAGAUUCUGCUAUUUCAUCUGAAAACGGGAGUACUUCUCACACAGCUAAAGCAUUCAAGCCACCUGUUGUGAGGAAAAGCAAACUAGUUGUUGUGGAUCUUGCUGGUUCAGAGCGCAUAGACAAAUCUGGAAGUGAAGCACAUACGCUGGAGGAAGCUAAGUCCAUUAAUCUCUCCUUGAGUGCACUAGGAAAAUGUAUUAAUGCGCUAGCAGAGAACAGUGCUCAUGUUCCAGUUCGUGACUCAAAGCUCACAAGGUUGCUUCGAGAUUCAUUUGGAGGUACUGCAAGAACUUCAUUGGUUAUCACGAUAGGUCCAUCUCCACGGCAUCGAGGAGAGACGGCAAGCACCAUAUUGUUUGGACAGAGGGCUAUGAAGGUGGAGAAUAUGUUGAAAAUUAAGGAAGAGUUCGACUACAAAAGUUUGUCCAAAAGGCUUGAAAUACAGCUAGACAAACAAAUUGCAGAACAUGAAAGGCAGCAGAAGGGAUUUAAGGAUGAGAUUGAGAGGAUUGCCCAAGAAGCUCAGAUUCGAAUUGCUGAGGCCGAAAAAGGUUAUGCAGAGGCAUUGGAGAGGGAGAGGUUGGAGUACCAGAAAGAUUAUAUGGAUGCAGUAAGCGAGCUAGAGGAGCAAUGGGCAGCAAAUAAACAAAAGCAUGAAAAUGAAAAAGCCAAGUCGUCAAUGCUCUCUGCUUCUAUGGAAGUUGCUGAGCUUAAGAAGUUGUUUGAAAAUGAAACUAUUUCACGGAAGGCUGCAGAAGAGGAAAUUGACAAUCUUAAAAAUCAACUAGCACAAUGGAAAAGGUCAGAGGCUGCUGCAAAUUCUGAGAUUUUAAAGCUGCGGAAAAUGCUAGAAGAUGAAGAACGUCAGAAAGCAAAGCUUGAAGAAGAAAUUGCAGUACUACAAAGCCAUCUGUUGCAAAUAAGUUUUGAAGCUGAUGAGACAAGGAGGAAUCUUGAUAGAGGAGAGACUGUAAAGCUGCCAGGCACUCUAGAUUCUCCAAUUCCUCCAUUUAUGCAACAGCACCUUGGAGAUUCAGAAGAUGGAGAGAAGGCUUCGAUGGCAAAACUCUUUGAACAAGUGGGUCUCCAAAAGAUAUUGUCAUUACUUGAAUCAGAAGAUGCCGAUGUGCAGAUUCAUGCAGUGAAAGUUGUCGCAAACCUGGCGGCCGAAGAGGCAAACCAGGAGAGAAUUGUAAAAUCUGGUGGUCUAAAGUCUCUGUUAACUCUUCUUAGAAGGUCCAAUGAUGAGACCAUUCACAGGGUUGCGGCUGGUGCAAUUGCAAAUCUUGCUAUGAAUGAGACAAAUCAGGAGCUUAUCAUGUCUCAUGGAGGCAUCAGUUUGUUAUCAGUCACAGCAGCCAAAGCUGAAGAUCCUCAAACCCUUCGCAUGGUGGCCGGGGCAAUUGCUAACCUCUGUGGAAAUGAAAAGUUGCAACCAAAGCUACGAGGUGAAGGUGGUGUUAAGGCAUUACUAGGAAUGGUCAAAUGCCGGCAUCCUGAUGUUCUGGCUCAAGUUGCUCGUGGAAUUGCUAAUUUUGCAAAAUGUGAAUCAAGAGCAUACACUCAAGGAAGCAAGACAGGGAAGUCUCUCCUUAUUGAAGACGGAACCCUUCCAUGGAUUGUACAGAAUGCUAAUAAUGAAGCCUCGCCUAUAAGGCGUCAUAUUGAGCUGGCACUCUGCCAUUUAGCACAACAUGAAGUAAAUGCAAAGGAUAUGAUCAAGGGAGGUGCCUUGUGGGAGCUCGUUCGUAUAUCCAGAGAUUGUUCACGAGACGAUAUAAGGACUCUUGCAUAUCGCACACUAACCUCUAGCCCGAGUUUCCAGGCGGAGUUGAAACGCCUGAGGAUAGAUUACGGUUGAACAUUCGUGUGUGUUAUUGAGACAAUAUGGUUUUAGAUAUGGAGAUAUAGUUAUUAACAUAGGUAGCUGAUUCUUUCCACAGAAACAAUUGUUUUGUCUUCAAGAGGUGACACUGGUUUUUAAUCAUCUUAAACUCCCGUUGAUGCAGUGCCAUUUAGGUUAACAAGUUUGCAACUAACAGAAUCAAUUGAUCUUGUAAAUGUGCUUGAGUUAGGAGCUAGGUAUCACCUGAGCAAGACCACUAUAAAUGUAAAGCUUUUGAUUUGUUUAUUCAUAUAUCAAUUGAAGCUUGCAACAUGUCACUUAAUGUUGCAUUCUUGAAAAUAA